GUUUAGAACUUUCGCCAACUUUAUUCAAAACCUUAAUUACUCUAAUAAUGAAAAUAACUAACUUCAAUAUUUCCAAUGGGAAAUGGAUGGUCAACUCGAAUAUCCACCAAACCCCUAUUCCGAUAAUUAUCGGAACUGCUCAUCACAUUUCAUUGUCCGAAAAGUCCAUUAAUGCAAUUUUGUAACAAACUUGUCCAAUUAAUCAAAAAAAAUGAAAGAAAACCACAGCAACUUGAUCCUCACACUGCUGUUCAUAUGUUGUGUGUGUAUUGUUGCCUCUCAUCAACAAGAAAAAGAGCAAUCAACCUCCGAUGAAUAUUCAUCAAAAAUUAGAAAAUUCACAAUUCCCUACGAUGAGAAAGAAUGGCACGAUUUAAAACAAACACUGAACAAAUCAAUUGCCAAAUUAAAAUCCCAUCCAGAUUCUAUGGUUCCUUUCUAUUCCGAAACUGAUCGUGCUUGGAAAAUGGGAAGUCAAAUUAAUCAAGUUUUGGAAUUGGCUGAAUAUUGGAAGAAUGAAUUUGAUUGGAAGAAACAAGUUGAUUUAAUGAAUGAAUUGUUUCCACAUUACGAAUCCCAAGUUGAUGAUCAUGUUACUGUUAGAUUUGGUUGGAGACAAGCUAAGAGUCAAAUUGAAAAACCAUUGAAAGAGAGAAAGGUAUUGAUGAUUGUUCAUGGUUGGCCAGGAUCAAUUAUUGAAUUCCAUAGAAUUAUUAACACAUUGGUAGAUGUUCAUGGUUUUGAUGUUGUGGUCCCUUCAAUUCCAGGUUAUGGAUAUAGCUCUAUUCCAAGAAAGGAAGGUUAUCAUAUUGGCAAGGUUGGCCAAAUUUUCGCUCAACUCAUGAAAAACAUUGGCUAUGGCAAAUAUAUUGUACAAGGUGGUGAUUGGGGAUCAAUGAUCACAAUGUACGUUGCCAGAGCAGAUCCAGAGAAUUGCAUUGGAUACCAUUCCAAUAUGUGUCUCGUUAUUCCUAAUUGGAGAGAUUGGAUUGAUGUUGCCAAAGAUUUAAUUACCCAACUCGUGAGUGGAACUCCAUACAGUUCAAAUACCAACAGUUUCUCAUCAUUCCUCUCGGGUUGUUUAACUUACAUCACUGAGGAAAUUGGUUAUCAAGCUAUGCAAAGCUCAAAACCAGAUAGUAUUGGAGUAGCUCUCUUAGAUUCACCUCUUGGAUUGAUGAAUUACAUUUUGGAAAAGUUUGUUUCUUGGACAGAUAUUGAGCCACGUGAUACAACUGGUCUUUUCAAGGUGAUUACCAGAGAUGAAUUCUUAACCAAUGUCAUGAUUUACUAUACUACCAAUACUAUUGAUUCUAGUAUGAGAAAAUAUUACAAUGUUGCUAAAGGAGCUGAAGAACACAAGUUGGGUACCAAGAAUUAUUUGCAAACUCCAACUGCUUGUGCUGUUUUCAAAGAUUUAUUUAGAGCUCCAAAGUCAACUGCUGCCCGAAACUUUAAUCUCAUUCAAUAUAAUAGGUAUGAAAAGGGAGGACACUUUGCUGCUUUGGAAAAUGGUCAAACUCUUGUGGAUGAUUUGAUUUCAUUCACUGAAAAGGUCUAUAACCUUCAAAAAACCAACACUAAGAAUGAAUUGUAAAUAUU